AUUGCGCAUAAAUGGCCGCCAUGUUGCUGCCGUCUGAAAGAUGUUCGCAACUCUCAGUGUUUACUAAUGGAUUUUAAGACUUUAAAUAGUUAAAUUAUCGUGUUUGUGAAAUUGUGAGUGUAAAAUGGUUUUAUAUAUCAUAUGUUGUUGUGAUUGAAAAGUCUGUCAAAUGUCUCUGAAGCCAAUAAACAGUGAAAUUUUCUUUAGAUAGUCAUUCGAUUCGGACGGCAUAAUGGCUGACAAUCUGAUUCAAAAGUCACAUAAAACUAGUGAGAAAAACAAGUAUAACAACGUCGUUCACCGUACAACAAGUGAAUCUCUUCGACUAAACGAGUCGGACAAGGGAGUGACUCACCCGAUGAGUCUCCAGGCCGCCCAUAACCCAAGGAAAAUAUCUUCGUUUCAGAUCACCAGUGUCAGUGAGACGGGACGGGACGGCUCUCGGGUGAGCACUGAUGCAGGCGAAGACUCCGCCGACGAUCUAGACGAAUCUCACACCGACGACAUCUCGAGGGUGACCGAUAUAGAGAAUGAGACACCUAGUUACUCUGAAGACACGUUUUCGAAAGACGAAGUGUUUUACAACGCCUCGAGUGCAUCGCUAGGCUGUGCGCCCGUUAUCCCAACCAGCUCGCAGUACGGGCUCGCAAUCGUCGGCCAGGACACCGCCGCCAAUCAGAUAGGAGGAGCAGUGCCAAAUAGUAAUAAUUCGGAAGUGACUGACAUGCAUGUCAGUGUUACGAACGCCGGAACGGGUAGCAUUAUCAAUCUUAUAGGAAAUGCUAAACCGCAGGAAGGGAUGAAAGAAAUUCAAGAACAUGUUAGGAAUGAACGAUUUAAAGUUGUGAAAAUAGAAAGUACGGAACCAUUUCGCAGAGGUCGAUGGAUGUGUAUGGACUAUCUUGACCAUACUACGAGUCAACCGAAUGCUCCUAUUACGUUAAAUAACAACUUGGAUGUGACAGAAACCAACAUGUUGCAAGCUCCGGACAGUGGUGUAGUGAUCAAUGAUAGUCAACAUGAUGAUAUGUGUAAUGAUCUGACAAAUAAAGGGCCUAAAGACAUGCAAGGAAAUGCCCCUACUGUUCAGCAGUUGGAUCAGGCAUUACAGAAACAGUUUCCUAUGGCUUCCCCCGGACAAUCGCUGACCCAACCAUUAAAUGUAGUGCAACAACAAAUGCCGGUUACUCAGUCAGUGUCUGUUCAGUCGCCGCCUUUAGAGAUGCCUCAACAGAUGCCAAAUCAAAAUAUGCAGCCCAAUCAGCAGGUCGCUCAGAGUAUGACACACAUCACAAUGCAAAAUACACAACAAAACCACCCGCAAGCCCAGCAACAGCAGCAAGUGCAACAAAUACCUCAAAGUUUUCCCCAACAUCAGUUGCAGCAAGUGAUUGCUCAGACACAGGGGAUUGCUAUGCAGCAGAUACCUAUGCAUCAGCAAAUGCCACAACAAAUGCAGCAAAUGCCUAACCAGCAGAUGCAGCAAAUUAGCCAACAUAUGCCACAGGCUCAAAUGCCCAAUAUGCAACAAAUGCAGCAGCAGAUGCCGCAAAUGCAGGGCAUGCCGAAUCAGGGGCAGAUGCCUCAAGUGGCUAAUCAACAACCCCAGAUGCAACAAAUGCAAAUGCAGCAGAUGCAGGGGCAGCCAAAUCCGCAGCAGUUACAUCAAAUGCAGCAGCAGGCUCAGAUUCCUAAUAUGGGACAUCUUCAGGGCCAGCAACAGAUGGCACAGCAAGCCCAGCUACAACAUUUGCCUAGUCAGGCCCAGAUUCAGGCCUUACAGAAUCAACAACUACAACCUAAUCACAUGCAACAAAUGCAGAUGCCGACACAGAUGACACCUAAUCAGCAAAUGACACAGAUGCAACCGCAAAUGCAUCAGCUACCGUCACAGCCACAGCAGUCUGUUGUUCCCGGCAUGCAUCCUCAGAUGCAGCCACAAGGAAUGCCCGGUGUACAGCCACAAUACAACCAAGCUGUCAACCAACAAUCUACAGCUCAACCAAUGAUCAGCAGUAGUAUUCCAUCGUCACAGCAGGGUAUGGUCCAACCACAGCAUAGCGUGCAGUACCAUACACAACAAUCACAGUUGAGCCAGCAGGGCCAGACUAUGCCACAGGAGGUGCUCUCAAGUAUUGUUACAUCACAGCAGGGUGCGACUCUACCAACAAAUCUUCAGCCGAUGGUUAGUCAACCACAAGGGUCAACAUUGCCAGCGAAUCUCCAGAGCCUGAGCCAGCAAGCACCCACCGUGCACUCUAUGGCUCCCCAGCAAGGCAGCGUGCCACAGGGGAACAUGCAGAUGAUGUCUGCUCCUCAAAAUAUGCAGAUGACUCUAGACGGGAAUCAGCCUAGUAUGCAGAUACCCGCCUCAGAUCAGAUAUACAUGCAGCAAGCGAAUGUGGGGCAGCAGUUGCCGGUGGGGCAACACAUGGCUCAGCAGAAUAUGAUGCCGCAGCAAGUGGCCGGCCAGGGGCAGAUUCAGUAUGUGCCGAAUCAGGCAGUGCCGCAGGUGUCGAUGGCGCACCAGAGCAUGCCAAUGUCGAUGCCAGUGGGGAUGGGCGGUGGGGUGCACGCGAACGUGGUGCAGUCACAGACGAGCAUGGGGCUGGGAUACGGCGGGGUGGUGCCGGUGAUGUCGCAGAGCAGCGUGGCUCCUGAAGCGACGGUGUCGGGGACUAACUCUCCGGUGGUGUCGUUGCCAGUCAGUUCGACGGCGUACGUGGGCGGCACGGGCCAGCCCGGCCACGAGAGCCAAGGCUUCGGCAGCCCGGUCAGUGGUGUGGUGUCUCAUGCGAUCAGUGGCUCAGCAGUGAGCAAUGUGAAUGUGAAUGCGUGUGACGGUGCGGUGGAGGUGCCCGCCGACAGCCUGCAGGCUGGCGACACCGGCGACGGCAAGGAGGAGCCGCAGUCGGCCGCACCCCCAGAGGAUGAGAGUAUCAGCGGGCUGGCAUUGGCGCUCGGCGGCAGCGGUGCGGGGAGUCCAGCAACGGAGGCCCGGGAGCACCUUCCGACUGCGACGUCCUCCCGCGCGCCUUCUCCGCCACCCUCCGAGAGGCAGCAACACUCCAGCGCAUCGGGCACAAGCGCGGUGGCCAUCGACAACAAGAUCGAGCAAGCUAUGGAUCUGGUUAAGAGCCACCUGAUGUUCGCGGUGCGCGAGGAGGUGGAAGUCCUAAAGGAGCGCAUCGCGGAACUGAUGGAGCGGAUCAACCAGCUGGAGGUGGAGAACACAUACCUGCGCGCGCAUGCGUCGCAGGACACGCUGGCGCAGCUGCCGGCCGCGGGCGCCAAGCCGCCGCCUGCGCCGCAGGGCCCGCAGCCGCCCGUGUCGUAGGCGCCGCCGCGGCCCGCCGGCAACCGGCAGAGUCCACCCUCCCCCCUCGGCGCGCGACCCCAGCCGCCGCGGCCGAACCGCGGGACCCAGGGAGUCACUAUGGCUGUGCUAUGUUAAUUCGUAGGUUAACAAGGAACGAGUGGAACGCGGUCGAGCGCCGAGGGAAGCUGCGCGCCCGCGCCGCGCACGCAGCCUCGCUAUCGAUAUAAAUCACAGUGUCUAUAUAGUUCGCGCACGCGCCGCCGCCGCGAGAGGCCCUCGCCCGGCGCCCUCAUUAUCUAUGCUUCGGAUUCGUAAAUUAUAUUUUUCUGUUAAUUAAUAUUUAGGGUGCAGAAUUAAGUGCUAACUGCCACGCUUUUGGUACGCAUCUCAGCAACGAGUCUUGAUGUUUCAUGUAUGCGUUUGUCUAUUCAGUUUUAAUUGUUAGGUAUCGAUAUCCACAUAAUAUAUUCCAAUUAAGAUAUCUGUAAGACGUGUGUUUAUAAUAAUUGUAAUGAAAUAGUUGAAUAUUCCUGCGCAUUGAACAAUGACUGUGUGUUAAUUUAUUUUCUAUAUUUUUAUAUAAUUUAAGUUAUUUAUCGAAUUUUACCGAGUAAAUUGCAAGUGUUGUUCCUCAAGUCGGCCGAGACUAGGUCGGCGGCAGAGUUGUGAAUGUGUUGUGUGGAGUUACAUUUUAGUUUAUACAUAAUUUUAAUUGUAACGGUAAAUGCUUAUAAGUGUUUGAAUGUACGUUACUGCAGUCGAUGUUAGCGUUGCUAAAGAGUCGUUAGUUUAGAAUCGUUGCGAGAGUGUGGCCUCGUGCGAUCGCUGGCUUUAGUAAAUUUUGCACGCUGAAGCUGAAAAAAAAAACACUAUUUUUAUUCCAACCCUAUGAUAUCGAUACUAGAGGUAAUAGCGAUUUAACAUUGUAUUUUUUUAACGAUUAAAUUGUUUGUAUAUAGUACAAGUUGUAAUAGAAUCGUGAGAUGGAAUGAUGUACAUAUGAAAGAUUGUUGAGAAAGAAGGUUCCAUGGUGGCCUUGAGAGGAUAGUAUCCGCAGUUAUCGUCAGAGAUAUAUCUAAAAUGUAUAAGUUAAAUAUUCGCUGUAUUUAAACUAGCUUUGUCGUUUAUUGUAAACAAUCGAACAAAGUGGCUGGCGAGAUGUGGACCUCGAGCGUAUGGCUCGGCUGUGUGAAAGAGUUGAAAGCAAGGAGUGUAAUGUAAAGGACCGUGAAAGCCAAAGUAAGAGAGGAUCGCCUUAGCGGCUCGAGUGACUAUUUUACUUAUAGAGUAGUAUUUUGUACAACGCUACUAUGUGUAUAGAUGAUUUUUGUUAUAGGUCUUCGUAAUUAUUGUGAAUAUACAGUAAUUUACUCCUAAAAGCAUUACCCUAGACCUAGAUAUGAAUUAUAUUAUAUGAUACUGAAAUUGUAAAUAUACUAUAAACAGAAAUUGUCCAUUGUAGCUUAUGUUGACCAGAAAGGUUCCUCAUACCCAAUAAAUGCAAAACUACUCAAUUA